UCACCUCAACUGAUCCAAAAUGAAUAACCCAUUGAAAGAAAUAAUGGCAAAACUGUCGCAUCAGUCGACAAACAGCAGUCAAAUGAGGUCCGCGUGUCUGAAGUGUGGAUAUCCCGGACACUUCACAUACCAGUGCCGCAACUUCUUCCGCGUCAACCCCGAGCAAGAGAUUGUUUUGGACGUCAGUUCCACCAGUUCUGACACCAGUGGCGAUGAGCUGCCAGACCCUGGAAGUGCUGCCCAACCAUCCAAAAGUGAUCUCAAUAUAUUCACCGGAGACACGCAUUCACACCACAAGAAACACAAGAAACAUAAAAAGAAGUCCAAAUCCCGUCACAAACAUCACCGCAAACACAGGAACUCGAGCUCUGAAGACGAGAGAGAGACCACGAAUACCAGUCGUAAGAAGACUCGGAGUAUAAGCCGAAGUAGGAGUCGGAGUAGAGAUCGGAGUAGAGAUCGGAGUAAAGAAAGGCAUCGAAAGCAUAGGAGUGACAGAAGGGAUGGUGACGAUCACCGCAAAGAGGACCACAAAUCCAAACACAAACGCAAACAUAAGUCUAGAGAUAGGGAUAGAGAGCGAAGGCAUGAGGAAAGGGAACAGUAGUUGUUAUGCAGUAAUCAAUUUCGACAUAAAUUCAUAUAAAAUGGGUGUAAAACGAGACCAUUUGUAAUGAUAUGACUUUGCGAUAAGAAAUUUGUCACUUUUCUCGCCUAUCAAUCAAUUGAUGCAAACAUUGAAACAGUUUAUUAAACU